AUGUCUUUGCCGAGCGACUUCCUUUGGGGUUUUGCCACCGCUUCAUACCAGGUUGAGGGUGCUGUCGAGAAGGACGGCCGUGGUCCCUCCAUCUGGGACACCUUCUGCAAAAUCCCCGGCAAGAUUGCCGACGGUAGCUCAGGAGUCACUGCCUGCGAUUCCUACAACCGCACCGCCGAAGACAUUGCUCUGCUCAAGUCUGUUGGUGCCAACACCUACCGCUUCUCCAUCGGCUGGUCCAGAAUCAUUCCCCUUGGUGGCCGCAACGACCCCAUCAACCAGGCCGGUAUCGACCACUACGUCAAGUUUGUCGACGACCUUCUCGAUGCUGGCAUCACGCCCUUCAUCACCCUGUUCCACUGGGAUCUCCCCGAUGGACUCGACAAGCGCUAUGGCGGUCUUCUGAACAAGGAAGAGUUCCCCCUUGACUAUGAGCACUACGCUCGUGUCAUGUUCAAGGCCAUCCCCAAGUGCAAGAACUGGAUCACUUUCAACGAGCCCUGGUGUUCCUCCAUCCUCGGCUACAGCAGCGGCUUCUUCGCCCCCGGCCACACCUCGGACCGCAACAAGUCCCCCGUCGGAGACUCCUCGCGCGAGCCCUGGAUCGUUGGCCACAACUGCAUUCUCGCCCAUGCCCGUGCUGUCAAGGUCUACCGCGAGGAGAUUAAGCCUACCCAAGGCGGCCAGAUCGGCAUCACCCUCAACGGCGACGCCACCUACCCCUGGGACCCCGAGGACCCGGCCGACGUUGAGGCUUCCGACCGCAAGAUCGAGUUCGCCAUCUCCUGGUUCGCCGACCCCAUCUACUUCGGUAAGUACCCCGACUCCAUGCGCAAGCAGCUCGGCGACCGCCUGCCCGAGUUUACCCCUGAGGAGGUCGAGCUGGUCAAGGGCUCCAACGACUUCUAUGGCAUGAACCACUACACCGCCAAUUUCAUCAAGCACAAGACCGGCGAGCCUCCCGCCGACGACUUCCUUGGCAACCUCGAGACCCUGUUCGAGUCCAAGAGCGGCGAGAACAUUGGCCCGGAGACCCAGUCCUUCUGGCUGCGCCCGAACCCGCAGGGUUUCCGCAACCUCCUCACCUGGCUCUCCAAGCGCUACGGAUACCCUCCCAUCUACGUCACCGAGAACGGCACCUCGCUGAAGGGCGAGAACGACAUGCCUCUCGAGCAGAUUCUCGAGGACGACUUCCGCGUCAAGUACUUUGACGACUAUGUCAGGGCUAUGGCCGACGCCUACGAGAAGGACGGCGUCAACGUCAAGGGCUACAUGGCCUGGUCCCUCAUGGACAACUUUGAGUGGGCCGAGGGCUACGAGACCCGUUUCGGCGUCACCUAUGUCGACUACGAGAACGACCAGAAGAGAUACCCCAAGAAGAGCGCCAAGAGCCUCCAGCCUCUCUUUGAGAGCCUCAUCAAGAAGGCCUGA